UGUUUUAAAUUUCUUCACCGUUUUUCUCUUUACCCGCUCCAGUGGUAGUCAGUUAGAGCUAGAUGUGUUUGUGUGUAGCGUCUGCUAGUUGUGUUUAGGACUUGCAUGAGACUGUCGACACGGGAGAGGAGAGGUCACGGGGAAGAGUCGCCACAGGGCCGGACGAUCGCGCCUAGGUCGAGUAUCGCCGUCGUUUCGCAACCGUCGCAUUGAAAAUAAAACGGACCGCGAGUGGAGGGGACGGGAGACCGUGCACGGCCGAGUCCACGGUGCGACGCUCGGCGGCCUGUGACCGAGUACCGGAGUACCGUACCCGUGUCGGACAGUGUAUCACCGCGAUAGCCGCCGCAUACGGGAUGUGAGGAGGGCGUGGAGACGCUAUCCGGCCGCGUUCAUUGGCAGACCGAGGUCGAGGAAGGCGGGGCUUCUCGGCCGAUUGAUUUUUUUCUCCUAUCGAAGAUCACAGAAAAAUAGGGAAGAAUAAGGAAAUAGUAGUGUAAGUGUAGGCUUAUGUGAACGGAAUGAACUGAUGUGUUAGUGAGUGAAGAAGUGCUGGUAUGUAUCAAGCUGGAAACUACGCGCCGAACGUUGGCUAUCAGAUUACCUCUUGGCCGUCCCAGGGCUAUCAACACAAGGAUGAAUUCCAUCCGUUUAUCGAGGCAUUGCUGCCCCACGUGAAAUCUUUCUCCUAUACGUGGUUCAACCUGCAGGCCGCAAAGCGGAAGUAUUUUAAGAAGCACGAGAAGCGCAUGUCGUUGGAGGAGGAGCGACGUUGUAAAGAAGAGCUAAUGAACGAGAAAGUUGAGGUGAAGCAGAAGUGGGCUUCACGGCUGCUGGGCAAGCUACGGAAAGAUAUCACGCAAGAGUGUAGAGAAGACUUCGUGUUGAGUAUCACCGGCAAGAAGCCCGCCAUGUGCGUCCUCUCCAACCCCGACCAAAAGGGGAAGAUGAGGCGAAUCGACUGUCUUCGGCAAGCGGACAAGGUGUGGCGGCUGGAUCUAGUCAUGGUGAUCCUGUUCAAGGCCAUUCCCCUGGAGAGUACCGAUGGGGAACGCCUAGAAAAGUCGCCCGAGUGCGCGCACCCUAGCCUCUGUGUUAACCCUUACCAUAUAAACGUUUCCGUCCGCGAACUAGACUUGUACCUGGCCAACUUCAUUAAUAGUCACGAAAUAUUGAGUGGAAUUAGUGAUAUCAGUAAGGAGCGCGGGGAGGCGAGGAGCAGCCAAGGCUAUUCCCACAACCCCUACAACGGCGUAGUCUGCAAUGAUACCAUUUUAGCGACCGGAGUGUUCUCGUCCAAAGAGCUCUGGAGGCUUUCCAAAGCAUCCAUAGUCCACAACCCCAACGGGAUGCAGCCCCCCAUCAACGUGAUCAAAAUCGAGAACCCCGGCUACUACUGCAGCAGCUAUACUCCACCAGCACCGGACCACUCGACCAUGAUGGCGUCGGGAGCCUACAGUCCGCUGUCAUUACCGAGAAACGCCCAGAGCCCGAGCGAGCCAAGGAACAAGCGGUUACGGAGGCUGAGCUCGACGGAGGAGGAGUUAGAACUGGGGGGCGGCAGGGAGAAGGGCCCCGGGGGCGAGGUGGCUUACUACGGCCAGAGCCCCGCAAGUCUCUCCAGUCAGACCAGUUGGCAUUCCGAUGUUGACCAUGCAGGUCUACCACCUCAGCACAGUAGUGUAGCCUCCCUGGCCACGUCCAGCUAUUACCAGCAGGGCGACCAACCCCAGCAGCACAGUCCUGCCAAGUACCCGGAGAACGGACACGAUACUCUGUCUGACUUUGUGACGUUCGUCUGUCAGGAAGCCGAGAAUACACAGCAGGGCACACAGGCUGGACCCUCUAGGAGCCCGUCUAAACUGUCUCAGUACUACCCGAGCUCCAUGCUGCCCCCCCCUCCUCCGCCACCCAUGGCCAGACCUGUCGCCAUCAUCAGGUCUACAGGUGAUGAGAGCUGGGUUCAAUAUUUUGCGUCUAAGAGCAGACCGAGCAAGGAUUGGCGACAAUCUUCGCCCCCCGAUGUCAAGAUUUUCAAGACGAGUCCUCCACCAGGGGACCUCACUGUGACCACAGCUAGUUCGCCCCCUCCGUCUAUAACUCCACCGGUGUCUGAUUCCUCCCCCGAUCGAGGUUCCCCUCCCUCGUCACAGGUGGAGGUACAGCUGCCUCCUGGCCGAACCGUUGUCACCAGCCCUUUCACUGUGUCCAGAGAAUACCCUGUACCAUUCUCUCACAUCCACACCCAGCCUGGUCAGCUGUUCAGCUACCCCAACAUCAGCCCCGUGAGUGCCAUGUCCGGAGUGAUCAGCCCAACCAACCUGUCCCUGUUCUCAUCGCCGGUGACUGUGAGCAGUGCCCCCCGCACUUCGUCUCGACCCAGCCUGCCUCGCUGGACCCCUCCAGGCCCCCCGGCCCCCUCUGCCCCACCCCCUGGGCCCCCUAACUUUAUCAGUCUAGAGGAGGACUACAUGAUGACUCCUCUCAUAUCUGGGACCAACCCGGAUUCCAACCCUACACUUAUGGAUGACGAGCGCUAUUUCAAUAGUGUGGUGCACAAUAGCGAAGGCAUGGACAACAGUCAGGGUCUGGCGGGCCCUGGACCUGGACCCGGGUCCAACGGCUCCAGUGGGACCCAUACUCCCCCCUCCAGAACCCCUCCUACUACAAAGUCACAGUCGUCAUAAGUCUUUGUUUCGUUUUGCUCAACCACCGGAGAGGGCUCUAGGCACAAACAAUAAUUACUUGUGAUGAGAGUUUGCCUACCCUGGAUCCCCUUUAGGUGAUUCCCUGCCAGCAAUCUCGCCUCCUUCUUCAUUUUCCGUGUGUAAAUUUAUAUUUAGUACAAAUCGUUGUUCUCAUAUUUGUGACUGUAAUUAAUUGUAACUAUAGUAAUUUAUUUUAGUUAUUUUGUCAAAGAAGAGAAUAGUUAAAUUAGGACUGUGAAGGGCCUUUCCAUAGUUAGCAUUAAUGAUUAAUCAUUGCACGACAGGUGUUAACCUUGAAUUUUGUAGUAACUAACUGGAGGUGUUCUCAACAAAUUCGUUUUGUUUCGAUGAACCAAACAGUAGUUUCUCCCAAGAGCUUUAUUUUGUUUAAGCUAAUAAAAAUAAAGUGGAUUAAAAAUAGAUAUCUGACACAAGCAAGAGUACGUAGUGUAUCGGUGUACCCAGCUCGGUGCUUAUUCUCUUUGUUUCGCUGGGUUGACCGCUUGCAGGUGACUGUCCGCUGUCCACGUACCACGCCGCGGCGUGACAAGCUCUCUCUAUUUCUCUCUCCUUGUCUCUGUGUUCAUAGGCACUAGACUGAACACUCGGGUUAUUGUAAUAUUUAUCUAAUCAGAAUGUGAUACGUUUCUAGUUCGAUUUAUUGCUGAUAUCACGAUACCACAUAAUUUUUAUUUUGGUGUAGUGAUUUCUUUAUCUUACAUUAUAUAUCUUAUUGUACAUAAGUUUAUAUACAGUAUAUAUUUUUUUUAAGUUUGACAUUAGAAAUGAAAGAAUUUAAUCAGUCUUAAAUUAAUAGUUUGUUAUUGAUUUUUUAUUGUACUGUUUCAUUAUGUAAAAAGUUGUCUAAUAAGGUUAUAGUCUUUACUGGGAAUUUUCUUUGUGUAACCAGAAUGUAACAAGUAGUUCGGUUGUCUGUGAUGACCUUAGUUGCUGUUUGCCACCAUUUUUGGUGUAGAUUGUUUAUUUAAUCGAUGCCUCACAAAGCAUCCCUUGUGUUAAUUGUUUUUGUUACCAAAGAGUUAAGUGUGUUUCAAUUUGUUUAGAAAAUUUGGUUUCACUGUUAACAUUAGAAUUCAAAGAUAUUCUUUUUUGACCGAGCAAUAUCUUUUGGUGUAAUGGAGUCAUUUUAUUUUAAAACAGAGGUGCAAUAGAAUGUUAUUUCCUUUUGAAGGAAUUAGUUAAACUGAUGAGUCUAGCUCUAAAUGUUGAUUAGUAAUCAAAAUUGUAUUCUAGUGGUUGUAGUUAGAUUAAAUUAUGUUAUUGAUAUUUGUGGUCAGUUGCUAGUCAUCAGCUCUUGUAGAUAAGUCAGUCAGUCGUAGCUCGAAGUAGUCAAGCAGACUCCCCAAUCUCUCGGCACGGCUACCACUUCCCAGACAUUUACAACUCAACCACAAAACGUUCAGAUAUUUAAUUUUGAACAGUAUAAUAAUAUAAUAUUAGGGGUCUAGAACAAUAGCGUUUUGUAAAAUAUCGUUCAAAAUAUUUAUUAUCUGGAUGAAACAAGACUGGUUAUCAUAGAAAACUCUGAAGCGCUUUCAUGCAUCUCAGAGUAUAAAAUAUGAAAUUAAUAUUUAUAAACUUUUAAAAUCAAACUAUAAUUUGUAAUUAAUGCGCACUCAAUGCUAUUACACUUUACAUACACUAUUAAUACAUACACUUUAGUUCCAAAAUCAACAUGGCACCAUUAAUAUUUUGUUUUAUAAUCAAAUGAUAUUAAAUAUAGUUUAAGACUUGAAAAAAUAUGCCCUUUACGUUUCAGGUUCUAUAAACAGUAGAGUUAGAAUUAAAAAUUAGUGUCAAAUUGUAAAAAUAAAUGUUGAGAGGGCCUUAAAGUUAGAAUGAUUUUAAUGACAUUUGUCAUACAUUGUAUACAUUUCAAAAUAAGUAUAAGUCACGCUACGUGUUCUAACUUGUAUAAUUUGCAACAAUGUGGUUUAAGUUCAGGUUCAGUUCAUCAUAUCGUGUCCGGAUGCAUGGUGUGUUAUAUCCUGAGGCUUGUCGUGUAGAACACUGUACUCCAUGUCUGUCGUGUUGGUAGCCGUGACCUCUGCUGGCCGGUCACCCGCCAUAACAUGUGCCAUAGCAAGCUGAGAUUUUAUACAAAUACUGGUGCUAUAAUUAUUAUUUUUAUUGUACCAUCUUUUGAGUUGUGCUACAUAAACAAAGUUUUUAUAUAGUUAUAUAUUGUAUAAACUUAGUUAUAUAGAUCAUAUAAAAUAUGAUAUCACAGGCCAUAUUUAUGUUACACAGUGACAGCAAAUUAGUGAUUAAUACAUUGUACUCAGAGAUAACAAAGUAAGUUACAGUACUUGGAAAUUAUAAGUUGAAGCGAGUCAGUUUUUAAGGAUGCUGCUUAGGUCGUAAAUUAUAAAAUUUGUUAUCUUUAAAAUGUGAGAACUGGACACGCACAGUUGAAGUUUACUUUCUUAGUUGGUUACACCUGACUCUGUGACUUGACCACUCUCAGCAGUAGGGUUAGGAAAUUAGAAACAAAUUUCCACUGUUAUGUUUAUUACACAAAGCAGUUUGUUCGAAGAGCGUGGUUGUUUGUUUUGUAAACACGAAGUGUAAGGUGCUUAUGUUUAAUUUGUUUAUGAUUUAAUCAUUAUGUUUUAAUAAGAAAAAACUAUAAAUUUUAAUUUUUUACAUGCAGUUUAUGAGCGAAUUUAACUGUAAAUAGAAUGUUAAGGAUCAAAAUAUGCCUUUUUCCUAAACAACUUUUAAUCUAUUGAAUUCAAGCUCAGUAUUUGAGUUAGCCUGCAAUUAAUUCUUUUCACUACUCGUUUUGUCCCUAUUUUGUUGUGUUGUUAUUGUAUUGAUUAGGUUAACACAAAGUUGAUUUAUGUAUUAAUAUUUAAUAUGAAAAUUAUACAGUGUUUAUUUUUUAAUUAUAAUAUUUCUCGAAAAUGUUUUAUGUUUGUUAUAGAGUCAAAAUUUGAAGUAAACCGUUGCAAUAAGUAAGGUA